CGGGUGGGAGGCAGCAGUGGGCGCAAGCAGCAGGAGGGGCGAGGGCGGGGAUGCGGUCAAGGGAGCCGGCAGACGCGGAGGGGAGGGCGUGGCGGGUGGAGGAGGGGUGGAGGGAGUGGGACCGACUGGUUGGGUGCGAGCGCUUCCGAGCCAAACACGCAGGUCGCAGCAGCAGCAGCAGCAGCAGCUUCCAGGGCGCUGAGGCGAGUGACUGCUCGCUGCUGAAGCUGCCCCACGUCACUGUGCAGAUCAUGGCGUCCUCCUCGCUGCCCGAGUGGCUCGAGGGCUUCUUCACCUGCCCGUGCGGGCUCACGUGCACGCUGUCGCGCAGUGAGGUGCUGGCGGCGCGCCCCGACGCCAUGCUGUACGAGGGGUCGGUGCCCGUGGGGCAGCGCGUGCAGGGUGAGCCGCUGCUGGUGCAGGUGGCCCUGGAGGAGGGGGGCACGGCGGGGGCGGAGGAGAGGGGCGUGGAUGUGGUGGUGGGGUAUGGGCCGGGUGCGCACGUGCAGUGCUCGUACGCUGGCAACCUGCUGCUCGCCGACCACAACCGCCUCAUGGCCCCCACCAAGAACCCCAACCGGACCAUCUUCCAUGCGUCCUCGCGCUACUCCCCCUGGCGGGCGUCCGCCGCCCCUGUGCUGCUGGCCCACCCCCUCACGCACCGCUUCGGCCUGCAGGCGCCCCUCUGGCUGCGCCUCUCCUCGCGCCGCGCCUUCCCCCACUGCCAGUACACGCCGGGGCAGGGGGGGGGGGAGGCGCAGGGGGCAGGGGGAAGGGGGCAGGCACAGUCGCACUUCCUUUUCUCCCUGGCCUUGGAACGCCAGCCCCACCCCGCCUAUGUGACCGAGAAGUUCUUCCUGCCCCUGCUCGCAGGCAGUGUGCCCAUCUACUACGGCGCCCCGGAUGUGAGUGCGUUUGCCCCCCCGGACUCGUUCAUCGACGGGCGGGCGGAGAGCGAGGAGAGCAUCUUGCGGCGCGUGCAGGCGAUGCGCUCCAACGCCACGGCGUACCUGGGCUACCAUGCCUGGCGCAGGUGCGGGGUGCUGGGGGGGCUGCAGCACGCCCUGCGUGUGGGCGUGGACUCGCUGCCGUGCCGCCUAUGCCACCGCAUCAGCGCCAUGGGCGGCAGGGCGCACGUGCCACACCCACGCAGCGACGAGGACGCUGCUGCUGCUGGUGAUGGUGGCAUGUCCGCAGCAUUCCCUGCCGACGCUGGCUUGUCGGCCAUUUGACCUGCGCCCUCUGUGGAAGCACGCGGGACGAGAGAUGGUCUGUUUUCAAGCGACUGUGAAAUGGCUCAACUGAUUCUCAUCCCACAG